AGAGCUGCUUACGUGUAGGAUGGUUAAAGCAGCCGGAACGCUUCUCUGUUAACGUUCAGACUGCGGUCAUGAGGACAGCUUCCAAUCGAGCAAUAUAAAAACGCAUCUGCUGCAGUGAUCCUUCUGUCCUUUCACCCUGGCUUUGCAGUCGCCCUAGAAAUAAACAAUAGUGUGAAGCCUCUCUGCAGUGUCUCAGAGUCACAAGCCCCAAGGGAUCCCAAUCAUACGAUCUCUCAGAGUUGUUUGAAAAAAAAAAAAUGCAUGAAGAGCCAAAUGCUUACACUCUGGCCAAGUUAGGAGCCUAUGAGGAGGAGAGGCUAGGGGAGGGCUGUUCACUCCAUGCACGCUGCAGAAUUAGUUCUCUCCCUCUGGGUCUGCUCUGCUGCAAAGCUCAGCAGCACGGAGGAAGCGAGGGAGCGAGAGCCAGGAAUCUGCAACAGAAACCAUGGCAGCCUGAAACACCCUGGGGUGCCAACCUCCAAAUUCUCAUCUGUCACUUCAGACCCUGACUGGCUGACAGAGCAGCAGAAUUUCAACUCCAAUAAACGUGAAUGUGCUUCUAGGUAAAGCAGCCAAGCUGACGAGGGAGGGGGUUGGAAGAGCUAGCUCCUCUUGGGCAUUUGUCAAACUUUUACCUCCUGGCUGUGUGCAAAGAGGGGAUUCAACUUCGGCUUCAAGCUACCAAGGCUCUGGAUCCAGCCACCUCUCGGCAGAUCUAGCCAGCAUGAAGGCUGUGCUUCUCCUCCUGUGCGCCUUGGGAACCACUGUGGCAAUCCCGACAAGUACAAGAUUUCUCUCUGACCAUUCCAACCCAACUACUGCAACACUGGUGACACCAGAAGACGCUACAGUCCCCACUGUCGGGGUUGAAGCUACAGCAGACAUAGAAAACCAUCCCAAUGACAAGGCUGAAAAACCUUCAGCACUGAAUUCAGAAGAGGAAACUCAUGAACAGUCAACAGAGCAGGACAAAACCUAUAGCUUCGAGGUGGACCUGAAGGAUGAGGAGGAUGGAGAUGGGGAUUUAAGUGUAGAUCCAACGGAAGAAACACUAGCGCUGGAUCUACAAGAAGGUACAAGUGAGCCUCAACAGAAAAGUCUCCCGGAGAACGGCGAUUUCCCCCCGACGGUGUCCACUUCCUUUGUGGAUCCUAACCAACGUGCAAACAUCACAAAGGGAGAGGAGAGUCAGGAGCAACCUGUAAGUGACUCACACCAGCAACCGAAUGAGAGCAGCAAGCAAACCCAAGAUUUAGUGGCUGAAGAAAGCCAGACACAAGUUCCAGACAUUCCCAAUGAAGAAGAGGAAGAAGAAGAGGACGAAGAAGAGGAAGAGCCUGAAGACAUUGGUGCCCCCAGGGAUAACCAAGAGGAGGGAAAAGAAUCUCUGGAGGAGCAGCCUACCAGCAAGUGGGAAGGAAACGGAGACCAAUCUGAUGACACCUUAGAAGAGUCCAGUCAGCCCACUCAGCUAAGCAAGACAGAGAAGCAUCAAUCUGCGCAAGGAAACCAAGGGCAGGAGAGCGACUCUGAGGCAGAAGGGGAGGACAAGGCUGCAGGCAGCAAGGAACACAUUCCACAUACAGAGCAGCAGGACCAAGAAGGGAAAGCUGGCCUUGAAGCUACUGGCAACCAGAAGGACACUGAUGAGAAGGCCGUUUCCACAGAACCUACCGAUGCUGCCGUGGUGCCUCGGAGUCACGGAGCUGGUGAUAACGGGGGCGGGGAUGACUCUAAGCAUGGUGCAGGCGAUGACUACUUCAUCCCCAGCCAGGAAUUCCUAGAGGCUGAAAGGAUGCAUUCCCUCUCCUAUUACCUCAAAUAUGGCGGCGGCGAGGAGACAACCACUGGCGAGAGUGAAAACCUGAGGGAAUCUGCAGACAACCAAGAGGCCAAGAAAGCUGAGAGCUCACCAAAUGCUGAACCUUCAGAUGAGGGCAACUCAAGGGGGCACAGUGCUGGUUCUUGCACGAACUUCCAAUGUAAAAGGGGACACAUUUGCAAAACCGAUCCACAAGGGAAACCUCACUGUGUUUGCCAAGAUCCAGAGACUUGUCCCCCUGCAAAAAUCCUUGAUCAGGCUUGUGGCACUGAUAACCAGACCUACGCCAGCUCCUGUCACCUGUUUGCUACCAAGUGCAGGCUGGAGGGGACCAAAAAGGGACACCAACUGCAGCUGGAUUACUUCGGAGCUUGCAAAUCUAUUCCUCCCUGUACGGACUUUGAAGUGGCUCAGUUUCCCCUGCGGAUGAGAGACUGGCUCAAAAACAUCCUCAUGCAGCUUUAUGAACCAAAUCCUAAACAUGGCGGCUAUCUCAAUGAAAAGCAAAGAAGCAAAGUCAAGAAAAUUUACCUGGAUGAGAAGAGACUCUUGGCUGGAGACCAUCCCAUUGAACUUCUCUUGAGGGACUUUAAGAAAAACUACCACAUGUAUGUGUAUCCUGUGCACUGGCAGUUUAAUGAACUGGACCAGCAUCCUGCAGACAGGAUCUUGACACACUCUGAGCUUGCUCCUCUGCGAGCUUCCCUGGUGCCCAUGGAACACUGCAUAACUCGCUUCUUUGAGGAGUGUGACCCCAACAAGGAUAAGCACAUCACCUUGAAGGAAUGGGGCCACUGCUUUGGAAUUAAAGAGGAGGACAUAGAUGAAAACCUCCUUUUUUGAAUUAAGAUUUGAGAGAAUUGAAACUUUCCAUCCGCCUCACCUGCUUUAACCGCUUCAGAAAUACGAGCAGCCGUGACACUAUACAUUCAUAUGUAGCAAAACAUUUGUUUGCAUGUGAGAGAAGACAAUGGUAGCAAUUGCUUCUUGGUGAACUUAACAUUAACUUAGGAAAUGAAACUUUAAAAUUAAGUAGAGUCUAUGUCUGUAAAAGACUGUCCUGUCUGGGGACAGUUAGCCACCAUGGCAAUGUCACUCUGUGCAUCUGUGUUUAUAAUUGAUAAUUAUAAACUAUUAAAAAACAAGAUCAUAUUGUCCAUAACACUUUAUGCAUGCUAAGGAAGUGAGAUACUGCUCUUUUGAGAUAAAUAUGCCUCCUUUUCAGUGUCUUGAUGUCCUAAUAAAAAAAAUCUAUAAAACCUCAAAUGUUUGCUCAA